AUAAUUAAAAACAAAAAGAUAGAAACGACACAUCGUUUUCCUCUUUCCUCGUAAACCUAAAAAACAGUCUCGCACCGCACAGGACUCUGCCCAGGCCGCCCAUUUCCAAUCGCCGUCGAGCUAGCGCCGCCGUUUGUCCCUUUCUCUCCGUUUGUCAUGGCCUUGAGAACAUUAACAAGGAAGCUUGUUACUACUAGACUACUGCCAUUGCUUUCUUCUGCUUCUCCUCUCCAUUCCCAUGCCACUAGUUUUGGGUUUAAAGAAGUAAGGGAAGAUGAAAAGAGUCAAUUAGUUGGUAAUGUCUUCAGCAAUGUUGCUUCUAGCUAUGAUCUAAUGAAUGAUGUGAUGAGCGCUGGAUUACAUAGAUUAUGGAAAGAUAGAUUGGUUUCUGAACUGAGCCCAUUUCCUGGUAUGAAGCAUCUUGACGUGGCUGGUGGAACAGGGGAUGUUGCUUUCAGAAUUCUAGAAGCAAUAAACAGCACUAGACGAAGAGCUCUGCAAGAUGUUUGCGAAGAUGGUUUAGGAGAAGAAACUCAAAUUUAUGUUUGUGAUAUCAACCCUAAUAUGCUUGAUGUUGGUAAAAAACGAGCCUUGGAGAAAGGUCUUGGAGAACACCAAUCACUUAUAUGGGUGGAGGGAAAUGCAGAGGCCUUGAGUUUUGGAAAUGCUUCAAUGGAUGGUUACACUAUUGCAUUUGGGAUAAGGAAUGUAACUCACAUAGAGAAAGCACUUGCUGAAGCCUAUAGGGUGCUAAAACCUGGGGGAAGGUUUCUUUGCCUUGAGCUGAGUCAUGUGGACGUUCCUGUGUUUAAGAAAUUGUACGAUUAUUAUUCGUUCUCAGUUAUUCCCACCUUAGGUCAGUUAAUUGCAGGUGAUCGAGAAUCCUAUCAGUACUUAGUUGAAAGCAUCCGCCGUUUUCCUUCUCAGGAGACCUUUGCAUCAUUGAUAGCAGAUGCAGGAUUUCAGAAGGUUGAGUUUGAAAAUCUUAUUGGAGGAGUGGUUGCCAUCCAUUCAGGUUUAAAAGUCUAAUUAACUGGAUUUUAUGAACUUCCAACAAGGGUAUCUUAUCUCAACUCAACAGCAUGUACUUCACACAGCCCUGGAUUUUGCAUUUUAAGUUUGUUGCCUGGUUUCUACUACCUAUCUAUACCAUAAUUUACAGUAGGUGAAAAGUUGUUUUUUUUGGUCUAAGUAUGUUUUUCAAACAGGUUUCAGGGAGAGUCAUUAUCUUCUUUGAUAUUUUGUAAUAACUUCAUGAAUCCUCAUCAGCUUAAAACAAGCUUGAAAAAUAAAUUAAAAUAAGAAAAUAGUUGUACUAUAAUAUGAACAAAUUUACAGGUUUUUUCUGUCCAAGGGAUUUUUUUGGACAAAUUGAGUCCUCCCCUGAAUAAAACACAAUAUUAAUUAUGA